GAUUAAUGUGCUAAGUCUGCGCUCCUGAGCGGCGCUGCCUGUGCCGCGGAGCCCAAGUGCUGGUCAGCGAUGAUGGAGUUGCUGCCAUGACAACCCCUGCAAGCCGAUGCGUGUGUGUGCUCCGGAGAGCCGGCGCGAGAGGCUGCGAUUCGGCAGAGGAGGAGAUGCGCCCAGUCAGGAGGCAGAGCGCAUCCGGGAUGCUGAACCUAGCCCUGGUCCAGGCAGCAGCAGCCCCAGCAGCAGCAACAGCCGGCACCGCCAGCUUUGCCAUGCCUUUCCUCGCAGCCUCCCUUCGCUGAGCGGCGGCGAGGAGCACAGCUGAGCUGGGAAGAGGCUCUUAUCCGCUCCCGACCACGAGCCUCAGCGCCGGGCAGCAGCGGCAGCCGGCCGGACCUUCCCUUCCAUCCUGCCUUGUGGCACCGUCGGAGCUUUUGGAGCAGGAGGCCUGUCGCUUCUCCCUCUGAGAUUACUCCGGGGGUGCUUCCCCCCCCUUCUUCGCCCCACCCAUUCCCCGAGUUCUUCUGCGGGGAGUUUUAUUUUUUGGAACUCCGGCCGGAGGGGCCGCUCUGGAGCGCGUCGCCUUGCGCGGCUUCGGAGCGCCGGCUGUGCCCUACCGCGCCGGAGCGCAGCGCACCUCCUCCAGCAAAGUGAGAUGCACGAACUCUUGAUCGGAAGCUCUGGUUUGUGAGGCGCGCAGCAACUUGGCCACCUUGGGGGGCCCACUUCUUCUUCCUCCCUGGGACUCCGCUGGAUGCCUUUCGGGAGGCUCGGAUCUCUAAAGCUACAAACCCAAAAACUGGAUUUCUAAAGGCUCCGCCGCCCUCUCCCUCCUCAUCGUCACUUUCUCUCCUCCCCUUCUGUGCCCACACUUGGCACCGCGAGGUGUCCCUGUCAAACCAAUCUCCAUCCAUCUCUCUGGAGUGCCAGUGCGCAGCGGAGAUACCACCUUCCCCAAGGCGAUGGACAACGUGACCGUCCGGCAAGGGGAGAGCGCCACCCUCAGGUGCAUUGUGGAUAACCGAGUGACCCGGGUAGCCUGGCUAAACCGAAGCAGCAUUCUCUAUGCUGGCAAUGACAAGUGGUGUUUGGAUCCGCGAGUGGAGCUAAUCGCCAACACCAAGACUGACUACGCCAUCCGGAUAAACGAGGUGGAUGUGUACGAUGAGGGGCCCUACACCUGCUCUGUGCAGACGGACAAUCAUCCCAAGACAUCGCGGGUCCAUCUCAUCGUGCAAGUACCUCCCAAAAUUGUUGAGAUCUCUUCGGACAUCUCCAUCAAUGAAGGUGGCAAUGUCAGUCUCACCUGCAUAGCUAUGGGCAGGCCGGACCCUACAAUCACUUGGAGACAUAUCUCACCCAAAGCCGUGGGAUUCAUGAGCGAAGACGAGUACUUGGAGAUCACCGGCAUCACCCGGGAGCAGUCAGGGGAGUACGAAUGCAGCGCAUCCAACGAUGUCGCCACUCCUGUUGUGCGGAGAGUAAAAGUCACAGUGAACUACCCGCCAUACAUCUCAGAUACUAAGAACACCGGGGUGCCGGUGGGACAAAAAGGCAUCCUCCAGUGUGACGCCUCUGCAGUUCCAUCAGCCGAGUUCCAGUGGUACAAGGAUGACAAAAGGCUCAUUGAAGGACAGAAAGGGUUGAAAGUGGAAAACAAGGCCUUCUUCUCCCGCCUGACUUUCUUCAAUGUCUCUGAGCAGGACUAUGGAAACUAUACCUGUGUGGCCUACAACCAGCUAGGAAACACCAACGCCAGCAUCAUUCUGUACGAAAUAAGUGAGCCCACAAGCUCAACCUUGUUCCAAGAAGAGACAACCACACUUCAGACACCCUGGAAAGGCCCUGGAGCAGUGCAUGAUGGGAACAGUGGCGGAUCAAGAAGAGUUGGCUGCAUCUGGCUGCUCCCCUUCCUUCUGUUGCAACUGCUGCCCAAGUUUUGACCCUGUCAACCAUGGCGAUAAGAUGACGAUGGAGAAGAAGAAGAUAAAGAAGAUGAAGAGAAGAAGAAUAUUACAAUUUUUUUAAAAUAAUCAUAAUAGUAAGAGUAUAUUAUGAGGAAAUAUUGGGGAGAGAGAAAGGGAAUCUGAAAAAAAGAAGAAGAGUCCAAAUUGUUCUGCUGAUGUUUCAACACAACUGAGUGUUUUGUUUUCUUUCUUUUGGGUUUUAUUUUUCUCAUCCACUCCCUUCCUCACCAUGGACAAGGAAUGCAGCUGUUGGGGACCAACCAGUGCAUUUGGCUGAGUGACCAUUGAUCCCCAUCUGCCCAUCCCCACACUAGCAAGGCAGCUGACUCAGUUUUUCUUUUCUCUGAAAUCUGCCCAACUCUGGAGGAUUAUGGUGUCGACUACCCUGUGCACAAAAUACGUCACAGUUCCCCCCAACCCCACAUACACCUCUGGUCCCCUUCCCUCCUCUUCAUGGACUGCGCUGUCAGUUUGCUUCUUUGAUUGCAAACUAUGACGAAACGAUGACAGGACCACAACCACUCUGAUAAAGCAACAGCCACCACAAGCAGCUUCAAGGAAAAGGGAAAACACGAUGAUGACCCAAAAUCACAUGAUUGUUAAGACAUUGAUUCAUUGUACUACAUGGAUGUCAUGGAUAAUAAGGGAUUCUGAGUCAUUAUUAAUUUUAUUAAUUAUAUUUUCUGAUAUGAGCCUAGAACUGUUAGUUCAUAAAAAACACACCACAAAAAUACAAAAAAAGAGAGGAAAAAUGGGGUGGGGGAGAGAGAAAAGUAAGUUUAUUAUUAAGAACAAAUUGGCUAAUGGGAUUCUUAACUGGCUUACAAGGAGGUGGAAUGUCAAUGUCUCUGGCAGUUUAUCAGAUGGGUCUGGAUACAAUUUGACCCGUCCAGCAGAAGCAAGAGAAAGAGAGAGAGAGGACAAGCAAGUAAUGCCUCCACCAGCAUUAUCGAGUUUUCAUUCAUUAUUCUGGUGUUCAACUCAAGAAGGUUUUCCACUGUCUUCAUACUGUUUGGAAGUACAAAGGUUGAUGCUCACUGUAUCUUGAGUUAGAUGGAUAUGCUUAUUCUUUUUAUGAGCUAUAUAUAUAUAUAUAUAUAUAGUAUAUAUAAAUAUACAUACAUAUAUAUAUAAAUAUUAUAAUAAUUAUUAUUUUGUUAGCAUCCUAGCACAUUAUUUCUCAGCCAGGUCCUUCUGCAGACAUUACUGCAUGCUGUAUAUGAAGUUAGCUGUGUAUUGGUCUUUUCAGACACAAGGAUAGAGUUUUAUUGGUAACUGUGUAAUUAAUUCCUGCUUUUUCUUUUGUUUUUCUUUCUUUUUGUUUUUCUUUCCUUUUUUGGCCUUUCCGUGGGUUAUUUACAUGUUGAAGACAUUUAUAUAAAAAAAAGAAAAGAAAAAAGAAAAGAAAGAAUGGGAAAAAAAAUAUAACAAUUCUGCAGCGUCUCUUUCCAUAUUUGGAUUUCUAUAAAUGGGGGAAGCAGUGGUAAUUAAAACCAACACACAACCUUUAUUUUCCCUGUGCUACACAGCUUUGGAUAGGAACACAACAAGGACACAGAGAAAAAUAAAAAUAAACGACGUUUCAGUGAAUAGUACAUCUUUUUAAAAAGAACCCUCCAACACACACAUAUGCACAUACCCCAUGUCUACUAGAGAAAUUGACUCACGCCAGUUUUGUUCUCUCUUUUCCUUUUCAAUGGAUAGAACUGGAGAGUUGCACCUUGAUGACGGACGGUUUUUGGGGAUAGCUCAGUAGAUGGAGACCUCCUUUGUCCUUGAUUUAUUUGGAGGUCAAAACUGGAGGUUGUAUCUGACUUUACAUUAAAAAGAAAAAAGAAUAUGUUCCAUGUUCCUCUUCAGACUGAUUGUGAUACCUCAUUAUUAAGCUGGUUGUGGAAGAGAUGUGCAUAUAUAGCUAAUGCAGCAAAACAAAUCAUCAAUAAAAUGUUGAACUUAAA